UCAGCGAGAUCCUCUGACAUAGAAUUUGGAUCGGUUAAUCUAGUUUCCGGGAUUUAAUUUUAUCAAUGCAGUACUUGUUGGUGUGAUAAGUUGGCCUUUUUGAUGAUUGUUGAGCCUGGGAUGUGCAGAGGGAGAGCAAGAUGAGCUGCUUCCCAUGUUGCAUGUCACAGGAAAGAAGAAGUAGGAAAUCAUUGAAGAAAAGCAUCAAGGAAUACCAAGACACCAAAACUUUAGCCUCAUUUGCCAACAUCUCCUUUAAAACAGAUAGCAGCAGACGAAAGUACAUUGCCAACGAAAUAAAAAAGCUCGGAAAAGGCAACAUACCUGCUCAUAUUUUCACAUUCCGGGAGCUAUGCGUUUCUACUAAUAACUUCAACCAUGAUAACCUGCUUGGUGAAGGUGGUUUUGGGAGGGUCUACAAAGGAUGCCUUGAAGACACAAAUCAAGUUAUUGCAGUUAAGCAACUUGACAGAAAUGGAUUUCAAGGAAAUCGAGAAUUUCUCGUAGAAGUUAUGAUGUUAAGUCUUCUUCACCACCCUAACCUCGUCAAUUUGGUUGGAUAUUGCGCGGAUGGUGAUCAGAGGAUAUUAGCUUACGAAUACAUGGCCAAUGGCUCACUCGAGGAUCACCUUCUCGAUUUAGCUCCAGGUAGAAAGCCUUUGGAUUGGAGUACAAGGAUGAAAAUUGCUUCAGGAGCAGCAAAAGGGCUUGAAUACUUGCACGAAACUGCCAACCCGCCAGUUAUCUACCGCGAUUUCAAGGCAUCGAACAUACUAUUAGAUGAGGAAUUCAAUCCCAAACUCUCCGAUUUUGGUCUUGCAAAGCUUGGUCCUACUGGUGAUAAAACUCAUGUCUCCACCAGGGUGAUGGGAACUUAUGGAUAUUGUGCUCCUGAGUAUGCAUCGACUGGCCAAUUGACAACGAAAUCCGACGUUUACAGCUUUGGAGUCGUGUUUUUAGAGUUAAUCACCGGAAGGCGAGUCAUCGACAAUUCAAGACCAACAGAAGAACAUAAUCUAGUUCUUUGGUCACAACCUCUAUUUAAAGACAGGAAAAAGUUUGCGUUAAUGGCGGAUCCAUUGCUAGAAGGGAAGUACCCAAUGAAGAGUCUCUACCAAGCACUUGCAGUUGCAGCAAUGUGCCUGCAAGAGGAAGCUAGUACAAGGCCAUUGAUGAGUGAUGUAGUAACAGCUCUAGAGUUCUUAGCCGGGAACAAGAGUCUUGACGAAGUCGGUGAGUUAGAAGAUACAAUGGAAACUGCUGAGACCAAUAGUGUGGGGGGGUAUUGAAAGCCAUAGUGCAGAUGAUUGUUGAUAAUAAACAAUUGUAGGUGUUUCUUUUUUUGAUACCUUGUGCUCGUUCAUUGAGAAUAAUAUAUUGUGUGUUGAA